UCCCUUCGUGUGCCGAUCCGAAUUGACUAGAUUAAUCGAGAUUUAAUUGAACAUUCGAAUAUCAGGGUUAACACAAAAAAAUAAAAAUGACAGAAGUUUACUAAUUGGUGCAAUAAAAAUAAAAGGAGAUAUUUGUUGACUUUGACUCAGUCAGUCAGCCCACGUAAUGAACGAAGGACCACUUAGUCAUAAUAAAUUUGGAAAAUGACUGACCAGUCCUGUCACUUUCUCCUCCCCGAUGAAACUCGAAUUAGUUCUACGUACUUUUCCACUGAUUACGAUCAUUAAUUCCUAAUUUCUUACAAGCUGAGUGCGUAGUCUUUACUUCAAUCCUGGAUAAUACACACGGCACAACAUAUAAUGCAUAUAUACUAUAUACAUGUUAUAUAUAUUAUAUACAAAUGAGUAUGUAACUUGAGAGGGAAGUGAUACGAAGAACAAAUUCCUAUGGCAGCUCUCACCCUUCUUCUUGUUCUUCUCAUUCAUCUUCACAUUGCAUUCUCAUUGUUCCCACUAGCAGCCUCCCGGAGGAACUCAACCAUACUCCCCGGCUCUUCUCUGACCGCGGCCACCCCCAACAACUCCUACUGGCUCUCUCCCUCCGGAAUCUAUGCCUUCGGUUUCUAUCCAAGAGGUGGCGGCUAUUCCAUCGGCAUCUUCAUGGUCGGCAUCCCACAGGAGACCCUCGUGUGGAUGGCCCGUCGGGACGACCCUCCUGUCCCGGGAAACUCCACCCUUCGUUUCACCGCUGAGGGGGGGCUCAUCCUGCAAUCAACCUUCGAUACGCCCAUUGCCAAACCAAAUGACAUCGCAGUCUCUGCCUCCAUGCUUGACUCGGGAAACUUUGUCCUCUACAACUCUCAGCAAAACAUAGCAUGGCAAAGCUUCGAUAGCCCAACCGACACCCUCUUAAAUGGGCAGUACAUCUCGGCGGGAAUGGAGCUGCGCUCGGCUGCCUCAGAUAACGACACAUCAACCGGGAUCUUCCGUAUCAAGAUGCAAGACGAUGGGAAUCUUGUCAUGUACCCGAUCAAUACUGAGGACACAGCUCCUUAUUCUUACUGGUCAUCUAGCACUAAUGGACAAGGGGACAACGUCACGCUCAAUCUUGCGGGCGAUGGCCUUCUCUACCUCAUGAAUGGCACGGGUACAUAUCUGACAAACCUCACUGAUCGAGGAUUGGCAACGCCUAAUAUAGUAUAUCGUGCACGAAUCGAUCCCGAUGGGAUUUUCCGAUUGUACUCUUAUAACAUGACAGAGAGGGGAAACUGGUCGACGGUGUGGUCAACAACAAAUAACAAGUGCGAACCCAAGGGCUUAUGCGGCUUCAAUGCCUUCUGCAUCAACGUCGACCAAGUUGCUAGAUGCCAAUGCCUCCCAGGGUUCGACUUUGUGCAAAGUGGGAAUGAGACAUCGGGCUGCCAGAGGAGUUUUACUGCAGAGAGCUGCACGGCGACCAACGCACCUGCCAGUUACAACAUUUCGGUGGUCUCCAACACCGUAUGGGAAGAUAAUUCCUACUCGGUUGUGGCAGUGCAAACAGAAAAUGAAUGCCGAAUGGAAUGUCUGCAAGACUGCAACUGCGAAGCCGCGUAUUACCAAGUCGGUUUGUGCAAUAAACAGAGGCUCCCUUUAAGAUAUGGUAGAAGGGAUCUCGGAUCAUCAAAUAAAGUCUUUGUCAAGGUAGGACAAAUGACACCCGGUAAUAGGACUGGGAGUGAUCCACAGAGGCCUGAAGGACGAAGAAAAGAACGCAUUCGCAUGGACAUUUUAGUAGUAAGUCUCAUUUUAAUUGCAGUUGCACUAGCAAUUAUCAUAGCCUGCGGGAUCCUUCUUUACAGGAACCGUGUUUGGUUGUACAAAACCAUUCCGACGGUCGGUACUGGCAGGAUGAUUGAGGAUGUCGCACCUAGAUCAUUUACUUAUGAUGAGCUCGUGACAGUGACUAGAGAUUUUAGAGAAGUGAUCGGGAAAGGAGCCUUUGGGAUAGUCUAUAGAGGAACCAUGUCGAAUGGAAAAGCCGUUGCUGUCAAGAGAAUUGAACGGGUGUCCACAGACGGUGAAAGAGAGUUCCAUACAGAGAUGAAAAUCAUCGGGAGGACCCAUCAUCGGAACCUCGUUCGCCUUCUCGGUUAUAGCUUUGAUGUAUCCAACAGGCUUCUGGUGUACGAGUACAUGAGCAACGGGUCGCUUGCUGAUCUUCUCUUUGCACCUGACAAGCUUCUUUGUUGGGAAGAGAAGAUGGGAAUAGUGCGGAACAUAGCCCGGGGUCUGCUCUACCUCCACGAGGAGUGUGAGACACAAAUUAUCCACUGUGACAUCAAGCCCGAAAACAUACUCAUUGAUGAGCAGCGAUGCGCGAAGAUAUCCGACUUUGGGCUGUCAAAGCUGCUGAAGCCGGAUCAGACCAACACCUACACCAGGAUCCGGGGCACGAGGGGCUACGUCGCACCAGAAUGGCACAAAAACCUGCCUGUCACGACAAAGGCCGAUGUCUACAGCUUUGGCAUCGUACUACUGGAGAUAAUUGGCAGCCGGAGGAACAUGGAUCAGAGCGUUCCAGAAGAAGAGAUCAUCCUGGAGAACUGGGUCUACGACUGCUUCGAGGCGGGUGAGCUGCACAAGUUAGUCGAUGAAGAGGAGGGUGUAGACAGGAGGCAGCUCGAGAGGAUGGUUAAGGUAGCUAUAUGGUGCACCCUUGAGGAUCCUUCGCUUCGCCCGCCGAUGAGGAAGGUUCUGCUGAUGCUCGAAGGCACCAUAGACAUCUCCUCUCCACCUCGUCCCACUUCAUUCAUCAGCAGCAUCUGAAGCUGGCUUGAGGUGAUGAGCAGAAUUAUCAGAAUUGAGAUUUCCUAUUUUUGUUUCUCGUACUGUUUUGAUUAGAUCAGCCCUUCUUUGAUUGUAUGACAAUGAAAAUAACAAUUUGCUUGGCUAAUAAUCUACAACAAGGUCAGGCACC